AAACAAGUAUGUGUUCAUUGCACGUGCGUUCGUGAUCUCCGUUUAUGUUUUGACUCAUCCGCGAUCAAAUCCAUUCUUUUGUGUUUACGAUUAAUUGUUAAAAAGGAAAUAACAUUAUUCAAUAUUUUGUCAAUAUUAGUAAUAUAGUUUGGAAGACUGAUUUGAAACUCCCGCCUUGACAAGUUGUAGAAGCCUAGCAGACGACGUUGCUGUCACAGAAGCAGACGAUCAUUUACAUCCGGUUGUAUUAUUUUUGUUAGACGUCAGGGUAUUAUGUUGUGCUUCUUUUAGGUUAAGCAUUUUGUUUGGAACGUUACUGCUGAAAAGACGCACCAAGAAAUGGAUAUCAAAACAUACAUGUCGUGUAAGAAACCUAGACGAUCAAUACGCCUUGAAGGAAAAGUUCAGGAACACAUGAAAGAAACAGCAAUAAAACAGAGCCCGCUUGGAAUUUUCGACAUAUUGCCACUUGAGUUGAAAUUCUACAUACUUAAGUUUUGUUCAGUUAUUGAUUUGAGUCUUAUGACAAUUACAUCAAAAGCAAUGAGGAAUUUGAUAGAAGGAUACAGAGUAACAAGGCCUUUGAGUCGUCACUUCUUGGAAUUGCCUGAUCCUCAUGUCAUUCUGCCUUUAGAUGAACAAGCAGAGUAUUUCAAAAAGUAUCAAAGAUUAGGCCUGCUUAUGAAGAGGUCCUCAUGCUUGUAUGCCACAAAGGAAAGGCUGAAAUUUGUCAAUGAUUUCUUAACGAGGAUGAUGUGCUCCAACUCAAAAUACUGUACUGAGGCAGUAAGUUGUGUUGCUCUAUGCAGCUUUGGGCAUUUCUUCCAUACUGUGAUAGCUGGCUGGGAUGACAGUGAAUGCCAGAAAGCAUAUGAUGUUGUCUGUCAACAUUCAUGUAUACUCAAGACAUUGAAAUAUGUAGUGACAGGAAAUCCAGGUUACAGUGUGGACCAAGAGAUGAAGUGUCGUGUCUUCCUUAGGCGAGUGUUUCUAGAUGCAUGUCCAACAUCGCAAGACAAGGCAUUCUGGCUCAGCAGAAUUCUCAAGCCAUGGCCCAUGGUCCACCAGGCAAAGAUCCUUUAUUUACUGUAUGGGGCUGAGACAGAUGGUGAAUUACUUUGGUAUGACAUGUGUGAAAGCACUCCUUCAACAUCAGAAGAAUCAGCACGGCAGUUUGGAGAAAUUGCAAACAUUAUUCAGAUUCUGUACCUCCAAAGCAAGGAAUGGUCAGAAGAUGACAUCAUCAGUGUUCUGGAUGAACUUACAAGUUACCCUGACGAAUGGUUGGCAGAGAAUGUGGCACAUCUUUUACUUAUGUGCGGAGAUCAGAUAACAUCCAAACUCCUCAUCAGCAAGGCAAUCAAUGGAAGAAUUAUCGAACUGUGCAGCAUCACUACCUCAUUCUGUUUGGUGUGUGUGAAGAACAAUUUCAGCUUGAGCUAUGUAAUCACGAUGCUGCAGAACAUCAUCAAAGUAAUGGACAGCCCUAAAGACAGGAUUACUUUCAUCAACAGCAUGAUGGACAUGUUCAAGGAGCUUAUCCUUGACAUGCAUGAGUACACAGAAUCAGGUGAUGGACACGAUGGUGAACUUUAUUACCUUGUCAUGGCCCUCUCUGAGUUCACGAAGAGGGUGAUCCAUAUUGCUUUCAAAAGCCUCCUAGGAUAAAUUUGUGACACAUGUGACCACACUCUCAGAAUGCUGUAUCUGUGAUAUGAACUGCUAAUUAAUAUUGUGGACAUGUUCUGAUUUAGCCUGAACUUAAAUUUUUAAUCUUACUUUUGACAGUAAGUGCCAUAAACAGAACACCAGUAAGUCAGUUUCUUCAUAUAUUUUGAAAUGGUGAUCAUACCAACUUAAUGUUCUGACUGUUUGUUUAUCACAUUUUGCUGGUAUAGUUUUAAAAUCACAUUUCGUUAGCAGAUCAUGGGUUUAUGAAGUUAAAAUUUGUUAUUAUUAUUGUGUAUAAAAUCCUGCAGCAAUGAAAAAUAUUGGGUAUUCUUGGCUGUCUACUGCAUAUUAAAAUGAAAGAAUGUCAAGUCAUUAUUUUACCAGACUAGUAAACAUAGCCAAUAACGGUUGAUCUGUUUAAGAAAAUAAUUCUGAAAAAAACAACUUUGAGGCUUGUAGGCAGAAGUGUUUCAUACAGACUGCAUGUAUUUCCUUUGUUGGACCCAAAUCACUUUGGUAAUUUUGAUAUGUUCUUACUUCACAAGAAAUGUCUUUAAUUUGUUCUACAAAAGUGUAACAUGUCCUCUGAUAUCUAUUAUACUAUGUGCCUGUAAAUAUCACUGAAUAAUCUAGCCUCUGGUAGAUAAAAUGCUCUCCGCAAAACAGAAAUAUUAACUUCUCUGACUCUCAACACUAAUCGGGUGUUUAUGGAAAUGCUUGCUACAGACAUAUUUCCUGAUACUCAAUGAGGAAAAAUCUUGUGUUUUCCAUAUAUAUUUAAAAUCACUUAUAUUGAAGAAAUUCAUAUUUGUAAAAGACUACAUGUACUUCAUUGUGUACAUAGUCAAUGGAGUUGUAAGUUUCCCUCAGAUGAACAAGACAUUAAUAUACAUGUUUGCAUUUGAUGUUCUCCUUUCAGAAUAUUUUUUUUUAAAUGCGUCUUGAAUAUAGGACUUUAAUAUUAGUCAGUUGUGUAACCUGUACAGGCACUAGUAGGCACUAACUGUUUAAAAACACUCCAUACCAAACUUUCAAACAGAGGUAUACAAAUUUAUACACUGAAAUAUUUGUAGUCAUAACAGGUGUGGAAUAUUCACAUGGCAUCCAAAUAGAAUAUAAGUGUUUUCCUCAGGACAUUUUGUGUGGCAGUUAGUCAAAGUCCUUGUAUAUAAACAACUCUGAAUCUCUGCUGUGUAUAAAAGAGCAUAAAAUGAUGUUGUUCAUGUAACUUAACUUAUAUCAAUGUUAUACAUGUAUUUCCUGAUCCAUGUGAACUGGUGAUGAUUUUCUGUGAUAAACAUGACCUUUAUUUGAAGUUGAAGUAUGCUGUCACAUGUCCUUUGAAAGCUGAAUGUAAGUAAUGAAUGUGCUGCAUUUGUUGACUUUGAAAAUAAAGAAAAUGCUAAGAAA